GGUAGUUUAUAUGAACAGUACCAGAUACGUGUAAAGGGAAUAUCUAUAUAUCAUAUGCAGAGCACACUCAUCUUUACGUUACCAUUUAUUCAAUGAAUACGUAAAUGUUUUACAAGAGAUUAUUUCCGAAUGUACUCAUCCAAGGGGCUUCCCCUAAUUUUUUCAGAGGACUGCAGAGGCGGGUGAUGGCGGUUCUUUGGCUGGAGCGCGCCCCCUGUGAUACGUAUCUCGACCUGAUUCUUGUACCAUCGGAUCAAAUGCAAUCUAUUAAUCAGCUCACACGAGGGCAUUGCAAGCCAACAGACGCCCUCACUUUUUCCGAAGUUAACGAAACCAAUCAAAGCAUCAACAAUAUCCUCUUUUCCUGCACUAAUGACGUGCUUGAACAAAAUGACGACUCAGAUCUAACGUCUUCUCCGGUUUUGUUUUAUCCUCCUUCGACGAAAACAGAUCAUUUGCCUACGCGGCGUGCGCUUCGCAGUGAGCUCGUUGAUCUUGGAAAAAUUUAUAUUUGCGUGGAAUAUAUCUGGCGUCGCGCGAUGCGUCUUCCUCUGAAAAAUCUCCCGUUGGAAUUAUACCUCGAAGCUGUCCUUGUUCAUGCACUUUUGCAUGGAUUAGGGUAUACACACGAAACCGAAGAGGCCCUAUGGCGUAUGAUACGCCGGGAACGACGUAUUGGGUAUCAUCUGCGAUCUCUUCAGCGAAAAUAUCCUCUCGAUAUGCCUCCGAUGGAUGUUGUGGAGUAUAUGAAAAUGAUAUUGAGGAAAUGAAUGUGAAAAAAUGCAAAAGGUCUUGCGUCCAUGGACUCCGACCUCUGUGUUGCCAUUGAUUGACUAAAAAAAGGAAGUAGGGAAUUUUAAAACGAAAUUUUCCGAUAAAAACGCUAUGGCGACAACACUACAGCACCGGUACCUGCCAUUUUU